UUGCCAUGGCCGGAAUUUCCAGAAGAGACGCCGGUGAAACAAGCAGCCGCAUCACUGGUGCCCAUACGAACAUCUUUUUAAGCGAAGCUACUACCCUGGAGGAAAAGAUUAAAACAGUAAUGGAGGCAAAAAAAAUUGUGACACCAUCCCCUACACCAAAGAUACAAAAGGUUAUAUUCUUGCUGCGAGAUAACAAGGAUUUCCAGAAGCACUAUGAGCCAAGAGCAGUAUCACUCGGUCCUAUCCAUCAUCGUAAUAAGAAGUACAAGCUAGGAGAGAAGUACAAGCUUGCAUUGACAUACGAGUUCGUUAACGGUAGCGAAGAGAAGAUAAGUGAAUUUUACAACAAAAUUGAAGAGAAUAUCAAUCAACUGAAGAAGUGCUUCGAGGAGGAAGUGAUCGAAGACUAUGAUGAUGAAGAUCUCAUUUGGUUGUUGUUGGUGGACGGCUGCGCAACACUACAAUACAUAUACUGCGCAGCUAACAAGAAGUUCAAUGAUUUGAAGAUAAAAACCGACAGUGUAGCCUUUACACAACAGGAUUUGUUUUUGCUAGAGAACCAGCUUCCCUACUGUCUGCUCAAAUGGUUGAUGAACUGGAGUGGAAAAGAAUUCUUGUUGAAGAAAUCGAUUCAAACUUACAUUGAUGGGCACGUUAAGGUACCACAACCGGAGGAUCAGCCACUAAUUCUCAGCUGCGCAUGGCUGAGUUCGUUAUCAUGGAAUUGGUCGCAAGAAUCAGAAAAUGAGAAAAAACAAAGAGGCCAGUCAUCAAAUUGCUGCGCAUGCUUAAAAGGAAAGGGGCAACAAUAUUCAGAAACUGAGAAAGAAGAAAGCGAUCAGUGGUUAAUAUCAGUGGAUGGACAUGAAGAUCCCAUCCAUCUCCUCGAUCUUCUGAGGACACGUCUCUUGCAUAAGCAUCAACAAAUCAAGCCAAAGAAACCGAAUGGCGGAAUGGAAACUUGGCAAUCCUAUCGCAAUGUGCAGGAGCUUCGAGCAGCAGGUAUUCAUGUGGAACGCAGUAAAAAGAAAAGUAGUUGCUUGAGUGACAUAUCUUUUACUACACUCAGUUUUUUGGGUUUGGGGUACCUUUGGCUUCCUCCAUUAGUUGUGGAUGACUCAACAAGGCCUAAGUUCUUGAACUUGAUAGCCUACGAAAUGUGUCUGGAUUUCGAAAAUGAUUUUGGGGUCACCUCUUACAUAUCCUUUCUCGAUUCACUGAUCGAUGAACCCAACGAUGUUAAGAUGCUAAGGAAAGCAGGGAUACUCCACAACUUCCUUGGCAGCGACGAAGAAGUGACUCAGCUCUUCAAUGAGAUUGGCACUGACUUGGUGCCUAACAAUGAAAUAUACAGCGAUGUCAGAUCAAAAAUUCAGAAGCACUACAGGAACAAGUGGAUGACCUGGAUCGCUCAAUUCUAUCAUGACCAUUUCAGCAGCCCCUGGACUUUCAUAGCUUUUGUUGGCGCAUUGUUGGCACUCGUACUAAUCGUCAUUCAGACUAAGUAUGCUGUCAAUCCUUCCCCUGGACCCUGCGAUAACUUCUGCAAGAAUUCCACACUAACCUAAAUAUGCAUAAGGUAACUUGGGUGGUGUUUGGAAACUAUAUCUUCAAGUCAUGAUUUAUAUGCAGUCUAAGCGUGUGAGAGUGUGUAUAAUAGUGUGUUAACUAGUUUUUACCCAACUUUAUUAGAUCAUAUACAUGGUUUCUAUGCUUUCCGUUUCGAAGGCCUUCAAAAUUUUAUUAAUAUUGUUAGUACCAUACACUUUCACAAAAAGAAAAUCACAACUUGCCAUAUAGGAUGGUUGUGGCAAUGUAUGCAUGAAAGUGCGGUACUAACAUUAUUGGAAUUUUAUUUCACAUGGAUCAUUCCUCUUCAAAGGCCACCUCAUUUCAUUAUUUUCUUUACCUUGGUUCAGUGUGAUUGUGCUUUCUAAUUUGAUGUAAUGUGUGAGGAUAGGAAAAUAAUUGCGAA